GGUUCUCGCUCCCCCCCCUCCUGGCGCCCGGGUCUCUGCUGGCUUCAGCGCCUCAGCACGCAGGUGGCCCAACAGCCUGCCCAGCCAGGCUGGCCUCGCAGCACCUUGCCUGCUAUUGCUAGUGCUACCUGCCCAGCGUCCGCCCAAGAAGCCCCCCAGCCAGCGCCCUUUGUCUGGCUGGCCCGUCCUCCGUCUGCCAUUUCCCACCCGACACCACACGCACACACACAUCCACAUACAUUCUCUCCGCCAACCCGCGACGCGACUCAACGUUGUCGUCCAUCAAACCACCCACUGUGCCGUGUCACUGCCCCGUCUCCGUCCAUCCCUGCGCCCAUCAAUGGGCUCUUGGCCGCCGUGCCUGCUGAUUUUGCUGACGUCGCUGCGCACAGCUUGUCGGGCUCAUCGCCAUGAGCACCUGGAUGAACGACGCAGUCCCGAACCACAAUGGCAACGGCUUCCCGCACAUGAAUGACCCCAGCGCCGCCAGUGCCAUGAUGGAUCCGUCCGCCUUCAUGGCCAGCCAGGGCCAGUUCAACCCUGGCGCCCAGUUCCCCAAUCAACAACAGAUGGCUGCCAUGCAGAACGGCCCGAUGCGCCACGCCUCGCCCGCGGGCUACCAGGCAUCCCAGGUCUAUCAGACCAAUUCUGUCAUUCCAUCAAAACGGCCGCGGCCCCGUGAGGAUUCCAUCUCCGGCUCUCCUAGACAGAAUCCGGGCAUGCUUCCGACGUCGCGCUCCGAAACGCCGCAGCAGCAGAACUUCCCCGGCUUCCAGCCUGGCGCUAUGCCUCCGCAGAACGCCGGCCAGUUCUCGCAUCUCCAGACCAACGGUUCGGCCAACGCAAGCCCGUCACCCAUCAUGGGGAACCAAAUGCGCCCGGGUAGUGUUCCUCAAAGGGUGGCGACAGCCUCGCCUCACCCAUUUUCCCCAGGCGCUCAACAGUUUGGUUCUCAGACAUCGCCUAUUGCUUCAGAGCACGGCACUCCCCAGCCGAACCCUUAUAUGCAAAACAUCUCCCAAGGCUACAAUCCGGCUUUUGCGCAGUCACCGUCGAAUUCGCGUCCGUCACCAAAUCCAAACGCGAUGGCAGGGAAUCCCAUGAUGGCCCAGCAAAUGAACCAGAUGGGACAGCCCAUGGGCCAGAUGCCAGGCAAUGUAUAUGCUCAGAUGCAGCAGCAACAACAGCAUCAGCAGCAGCAACAACAACAACAGCAGCAGCAGCAGUCCUCAGCUCAAUCGCAGCAACAGCGACUCCAGGCCAUGCCGGAUGGCAAAAUGGCUGCGUACCAGAUGCGACUCCAACAGCAGCUUCAAGGCGGUAUGCAGAUGCAAGCUCAGAUGCAGGCCCAGGGUAUGGGGCGUGGAAUGAUCGGGAAGCAACCGAUGCCCGGCGUGCCGAAUGGCCAAGUUCCCCAAGGACAAAUGCGACCUCAACACCGACCUACAGGCAGUAUCAAUGCGGAACAAUUCAUGAAGAAUUUAGCGGGGCUUAUGCAUGCAAAGGGCCUCCCACUAGAUCCGAAUCCUAUGAUCGGAGAUAGGCCCAUUAGCUUGGUGAUCCUGUUCCAGGCCGUGCAGGCAAAAGGCGGUUCAAAGACGCUGAACGCUGGGAAUGGUUGGGGUGCCCUAGCCCAAAUCUUGGGACUUCAAGCGCAAAAUCCCAACGUUGUUAUGGCGCUGAGACAGAUUUAUGAACGAAAUUUACUCAAGUUUGAGGAGGUCUGGGUGGCUCAGCAGAAACAGAGAAUGAUGCAGCAGCAAGCGAACCUUGCGAACCAGGGCACACCGCAGAAACAGGUACCACAGGGACAGCCGAUGAAUCAAGCUCAAAUGUUGCAAGCACAUCAACAGCAGCAACAGCAGCAGCUUCUUCAACAACAGCAACAGCAUCAACAACCACAGCCACCACCCCAACCCCAUGCGCAACAACACACUCCUGUGAAGCCUGGCCAGCCCGCCGUCAAUGGCUUUUCCACCCCUCAAACUCCACAGCAACUCCAGCAGCCAAAUGCAAUGCCCGGCCACAACAGAAACAAUUUAUCCCGCAGUAUCGAUGCAGCUGGGCCGAAUGAUUUUUCAAUACCGUCGCCGGCUCACUCAAGAACUGGUAGCAUGCCCUUAGGCCCAGGCGAAGCCAGGCCGAUGGGUAUGAUGGGUGCUGAGCAGCAGAUGCCCCGACUCCCUCCAAAAUCCGAGGAUUAUAACCCAUGUGCGCGGGAGCUUUCUACCUAUGGCGGUGUCGAUCUCCAUGCAGCUAAUCUGCUAGGCGGGGAGCUUGAGCGGUGGAAGCCUACUGUCCCGCCUGUCAAUGACCUAGGCAACAUUGAUAUAUCUGCAUUAACACGUAGCUUGCAAAGCGGAAUACAUGGGGAGGUUCGCCUUGCUUUGGAUACGCUUGCGACAGUGUCCCACUCGGUGAACCAAGCACAUUUCCUGCAGCUCCGAUAUUGCGAUGACUUGGUCGAUGCACUCAUCGACUGCGCGGAAGAGCAGCUCGAGCUAUUGACGGAACACACAGCAGAAGUAUCUGAUGAGAUUCAGCUUACUUCAUACGAAGAAGUUGUCAGAGCAUGCCGCAUUGAGCGAUUUGCAAUUCGAGAUGUGCCGGCUUUCGGGACCGAGGACUAUGAGCUUGAUAGAGCUGUCGAUCGACUAGUGUGCAUCUCGACUAUCUUGCGCAAUGUCUCCUUCCCAGGCGAGCAAAAUGACAACCACAACAUGCUGGCGGACGAAUCUGUCAUCAAGUUCCUUUGCACCGCUAUCAGGUAUCUCGGCACGAGGACCAUGCUUCUCCGCACCUAUAAUAACACACUUGACUUCAUGAAGGAUGUGGUUAUUCUGCUUUCUAAUAUUUCUAGCUCGAUCGAAAUUCCUGGUCGGGAGCAGGCAUUUUGUCUUUUGCAGUUCUUGCUGUCAUUCGCCCCGAUUCCCAGCCCAGUCGUGACUAGUGAUACGCUUUUCUUUAGCAAUUACGACCCGAGCGUUCACACAUAUCUUCCUCACGCUGUUGAUGCCUUGGCAAAAUUGCUUGCCCGUGACGAACCAAACAGAAGCCACUACAAAAACCUCUUUGCUAUUGACGCUACAAACAACCCCCCAUACGAACUCCUUACUCGCACAUUCGCGCUGGCAAUUUCACCGAUACCAGACAAGGUUAAAGAACGUGAUCGACCAACAAGCUUCCCCUCGCUUGUGGAAGUCCGGAAGCCAUAUCUCAUGCAAGGGCUAUUAUCAGCGGAGAUACUUGCAUCUCUGGCACCUGGGGCAGAGUCGAACGUUGUGAGGAGCUGGCUGGCUGCGGGCAAUGGGCUUGCAAACAACCUCUUCCGCCUGGGCCAGGAGCUGAGUCGUAUGUACGAACAGCCACAGGCUUUCGGCAGAGGAGCGGGACGGGCUCAACCAAGGAAAGAUCCUGAGCUCGUCUACAUCUCUGCUCUUUCAGUCACUUUGUUGAGGCGAUUAGUAGAAAAGUCGAGAGAUCCAAACAACCCUGCUGUUUCGGCUGCGGGGGCCUUUUUACCGACUACGCAGACGUUGUUGGAAGCCUUAUCUAUGCAGAGUCCUGAGUGGUCAAAAGAGGGUCUAUUACAGCAUCUGUCGACCAUUACAAGUCUGGCAGGUUAA